CAUCACGUCCGGAGUGUUUAGCGUUGUACACAGGAAGUAGCUUCAAGUCUGACAGAGAAGGAGGUUGUAAUUUGCAAGUAUAUCAAGAGUUUUGGUCAGUUAACAGUACAUUCAAUUUCGAGUUGUUGUACAUUGUUUAUUCAAGAUGCUGAUCAAAGUUAAGACUCUCACUGGAAAAGAAAUAGAGAUCGACAUUGAGCCCACAGACAAGGUGGAGCGAAUAAAAGAGAGGGUGGAGGAGAAGGAAGGGAUCCCCCCGCAGCAACAGAGACUCAUCUACAGUGGAAAACAGAUGAAUGAUGAGAAGACGGCUGCCGACUACAAGAUCCAGGGAGGCUCGGUGCUCCAUCUUGUGUUGGCGCUAAGAGGCGGCUCAACGCUCCACGGGCCCUGCAUACACCUCUCCUCCUUGUCAUGAGUUGAUUUUGUCAUGGGGCCAGCGAGUGCCAACGCUUUAGGUGUCUGUCACCGUCUAACCAUGUUUCAGCACAGAGAUCUGAAAUCCUACGCUCCUGUGCAAAUGCACAAAAAAAAAAUAAAAAAAAUAAUCAACCAACAACGGCAAUAACGAGAAAAAAGGACGUUCUAAUUCCUUUGUAAAUGUUUUUUGUAAACCCACAUUGGCUUUCUGAUUUUGACCAGUUGAUGCUGGCACCCACGCAGUACAAAAGACAGUUUGAAAACAGUGUUCUUUUUGCUUGUGAAUAAAUGCUGAAGUUGA